AUGCAGGCGCCAAUCUGCAGCCUCGCAACUGCAGCGGGCGAGAAGCUGUUGCCGCAUGCGGCACUCGACAUCGCGGGCGAGGAACAGCUCACGGCUGUGGCGAUGCUGGAUCCCCUGUUGGUCAUGCUUCAGCUGCAGAAGCCAGAUGGAACGCUUCUGUGGCCAAACCUGGAUGACCUGCAUGCAGCUGCGGCGGCUGCUGAGGAGAAGCUGAUUCGGUGCGCCUGUGGUAUUGGCGCUCCUGGACAUUUGUGUGGUAUGCCUUGGCUUCGCUGGACGGACAAGACGGUGCCUGCCCCUCCAACUUUCCUCAAAGAUGUGCGCAAGCAUGGUUGUCAUCGCGGCUGCCCAGUGGGCCAUCACACUCCUGUGAUCCAUGCUGGUACUCGUGUAGUGCUCUAUGGCGAGGAGCAUUCUGGCGAGAAGCAGGAAACAAGGAUUAUCGACGUCGGAGAUGCCCCUAUGACCGUCAAAGAUCUGCAAGUUCUUUGCAAAAACAGGCCAGACCUUGACAAGAAGAAAGCGGAGGUGGCACACAUUGACGGAGAAGUCAUCCAUGCGACCAUCAAACUGGUGUCGUAUACUCGCCAUGAGAUUGCUUUUCAGCUGGGUCAUGAAAGGUACAACAUGGACGAUAUGUGA